AUGAGCAACUCUUCUGCAUUCAUUGAUUAUAUCAUUUCCGAACCGACAGUUGGCGGAUUUUUCGCUAUAUUUUUAAUUUUUACGUUAUUUUAUUUAAUAACAUUUCCAUUUUAUGUGCUUUCUUUCAACCUAAAUAGAAUGAGGGACAAAAAUACGUUACUAUUUCCAACAGUCAGUCAUUUUUAUGAAAUGGUAAAGUUCACAUUUUAUCUGCUUGUCCUUUUGAUUCUUUGCAUACCUCUACUGUUUGUAGCAACACAUUUUAGUGAAAUCGCUGUUUACCUGGUUAUCUGCUUAGCAUUUUUUAUAAUACUUGCACUUUAUCAAUUCACAGAAACAUUCCAUUUUAUAAUAUUCCUGCUGGCGGCUCAGCGUUUCCUCGUUUUUUAUUUUCCGAGCACCGAGAAGCAUAUUGCCUUGUUUCAAAAAUUCAUGUCCAAGAAAGUGUGUACGAAAGGGUUGAUCCUUACAAACCACCAUGUUAUUAUGUCCGCAAUCCCUCGCCAGAGACCUGCUGCAAUCAGCCCUUCACGAUGAAAGGAGUCGAUGCCAUUGGUUUCUAUACUGUGGGAUUCAUUUUAUUCUUCCAUGCGUUGUUAUUCUUUUCUAUGCCAUUCUAUAUCCCAAUAAUGAUCAGUGUUCGAAAACUUUCGUCCACUCAAUACUGUAAAGUGCAAAGCUACAUUCAUUGGCAGACGCUAACGAUUUUCGUUUGUAAAUCGAUGGCUAUAGUACUCGUUAUCUACAAUAACACUUUUGGUUCACUUCCGAUAGGAGCAUAUACAUUUCUUAUAUUAGUUAUGGACAUUGUAACAACUCCUCUAACAGUGCAACUUUCCUAUUUGGGGAGUAAUGGAGUAUCAUUCCAGUGGAGGACAUUCUUCAGAGAGUUGUUUGGUGGUGAAGGAUCUUCAACUGUUGCACCACAACUUUAUCACAUCACUUAAGA